UUAACAUGACGUUAAACGGAGGGUUGUUUGUUUUAGAGAGAGAUCGAAUCACAAUACGCGUCUCUGUUUCCCACACGCGCCUUCUUCGUUCCCGAUUCUCCUCCACGCGCAUCCGUGCGAUGGCUAAUCCGCCAACGUUACCGAUCUCAGACCAUUCCGGCGGUUCCCAACCUCAGCAACCCGCCGUAUCCACACCGUUGUUCCGCACCUUCCUCUCUCGCCUCUCCGCGUCGAUCCGCCAGAGCCUAUCGCAGCGGCGCCCGUGGCUGGAGCUCGUAGAUCGGAGCGCGAUUUCGCGGCCGGACUCUCUCGCCGACGCCUAUUCCCGGAUCAGGAGGAACAUCCCUUACUUCAAGGUGAACUACGUGACGAUCGUCUCCCUCGUGCUCGCUCUCUCGCUCCUCUCCCAUCCCUUAUCUCUCCUCGUCCUCCUCUGCCUCUUCGGCGCGUGGAUCUUCCUCUACCUCUUCCGCCAGUCCGAUCAGCCUCUCUCCGUCCUCGGACGUACCUUCUCGGAUCGCGAGACGCUCGCCGUUUUGGUCGUCUUGACGAUCGUCGUCGUGUUCUUGACCAGCGUCGGGUCUCUGUUGACCACCGCUCUGAUGAUCGGUUUCGGAAUCGUGUGUUUGCACGGAGCAUUCAGGGUCCCGGAGGAUCUUUUCUUGGACGAGCAGGAACCUGCAAACGUCGGAUUGUUGUCGUUCCUCAGCGGAGCCGCUACAUCCGCCGCAGUCGCCGCCGCUUCAGCUCCUGUGUCAUCUCGUGUUUGAUUUGGCAAAAUACACAAAACCAGUUUCUUCUUCGUUAACAAAACUGAUACAUUUUUUUUUUCUAUGAUCGUUUUUAUAUUUUUGUUUCUCUAAAAAAAAUCAAUAGAGGGGAAUGUAGUUUUUGAUAUUCUUGGUUUUUGACCUCCAUUGUUGAACAUGAUUCCGAGUAUGUAAUUCAUCUAACAGUUCCCGCAUUACCAUU